GUGCAUCACUUCACAGCCAGCAACAAGCUUAGAAUAGCCACGCCAUGGCUUCAUCCUUCUUUUCUUUCACCAAGCCCGUCUUCUGGCUGCGUGGUUUCUCUGUCCAAAUUAUCUGAGCGCGUCGAUCUGCCCUCCUAGAUCCACCAGAAAUCAUCUGUCGCGGGGCAGCGGACGUCAUUCCGAAUUUUACGUUCACGGCCAACUAAACCUCACGUUAAAUAGCCCGACUGUCUGCGGCCAUGGCGCACUCACCCUUCAGCAUGUCCUCACGCUUCGCCAUUGAACUCGAGAAGCUCGACCCCGAAGUACCAUUCCGAGCGUCGCAAUCACACAUCCACCACACAUGGGCACGAACUUUCCAUUCCCGGCCGGAGCUAUACAUCCGCCCUCAGACGCUGCCUGAGAUUCAGAAGAUUGUCACCCUUGCACGGCGCAUGCGACGGCGUGUCGUCACGGUAGGAUCUGCUCACUCGCCUUCGGAUCUCACGUGCACGUCGGCAUGGAUGGUGAAUCUAGACAACUACAACCAGCUGCUAAACGUAGACAAAGGGCACAAGACGAUGACAGUGCAGGCUGGCAUACGCAUGCAUGCUCUCAAUCAGGCGGCGAAGGAUCAUGGCCUUACCAUGCCGACCCUCGGGUCAAUAGACGACCAGUCCAUCGCCGGCGCCAUCGCCACCGCGACACACGGCAGCUCCAUGUCCCACGGCUUGCUGUCCGACUCGGUCCGUAGUCUCCGCAUCGUGCUCGCCAACGGGCAGGCUGUGAAGUGCUCGCCCUCGCAGGCUCCAGACCUCUUUCGCGCUGCACUGGUGUCCCUCGGCGCGCUGGGCAUACUAGUAGAGAUAGAGUUCCAGAUGGUGGACGCCUGCAACUUGGAGUGGGUUCAGACCAUUUUGCCCAUUGAGGAUAUGUUGGCAGAAUGGAACAAGGGCCUCUGGAUAUCAGACGAAUUCGUGCGUGUCUGGUGGCUACCAUACACGCGUCGAGCCAUUGUCUGGCGCGCGUCUAAGACCACCAAGCCCUUGCGAACGCCAGAGUAUAACUGGUAUGGUGGUAGUGUCGGAUACCAUACCUACCAUAUACUACUCUGGAUAUCGCAGUACGUUCCUCGAGUAUUGCCGUGGAUAGAGUGGUUCGUGUUUGGCAUGCAGUACGGCUUCAAGAAUGGGUCCUCAAUAUCUGCAGUCGAAGAGCAGCGCAACGGACUCCUCAUGAACUGCCUAUAUUCGCAGUUUGUGAAUGAAUGGAGCAUACCUCUUUCACAGGGCCCUGAGGCGCUCACCCGCCUAACGAAAUGGAUCCAUGGCGACGAACACGGCUCCGGCAUUCCUUUUAGUCCCAAGGGAGUCUACGUACACUCACCAAUCGAGGUCCGCGUUGCGAAUACUACCAAUAGGGAACCGCGCCCCUAUCUCGAUACCUCUUACUCUGAGACUCCCUCGCUUUACCUUAACGCUACGCUCUACCGCCCCUACGGCCAGGAUCCGCCAUGUCUGCAGCGCUACUACGAAGCCUUUGAGCACUUAAUGAAGGAAAUGAACGGUCGACCACACUGGGCGAAGAAUUUUCACUCCGUCGACCACACCUACCUCUCCUCGGUUUACGGUGCUGACCUAGAUGGUUAUCUCCGCGUGCGUAACGAGGUCGACCCGGAAGGCAUGUUCAUCGGAUCCUGGCACCGGCGUACAAUCCUCCCAUCCAGGACCGAAAUGUCUGUCUUUGCGCUCGAGGAAAAGGAAGUUGUUAGGCGAGUGCGCAAGACUGGGGGUUCCGACUGGGUUGGUGAACAGGCCAGAUGGUGGGAUGGUGGCUUCAAUGUAUUUACCAAGACGAACGGGAGCGAGAGUGAGGAAAGCUUUGAUUUGAUGGCCGAGGCGGAGGCAAGCGUGCUGCUUGAAGGCCUAAGAGAUGACGAGACAUUGGAUGUCGGGAAGAGGAUUAGGGAGGGCGAGGAAGAGGGAUUUAGUGGGGCGAGUGUGUUUGAUAAGAUGUAAAAAUGGACUGCAAUGAGGCAUUUCUAGAGGAGCGGUUAGAACAGGUACAAGGAGAGGAGCUCGGAUUGGGGGUUUGUAUGGAGGCAAAUAUCCAAGGGGCUACGAGCUACCAGGAUCCUUCGUCUGCAGGGAGACGUGCGAGAAAUGCAUUCAAAUCUGCAGAUUUCAAUCUACACGAAAAC